AACGGGAGUCGGUUUGCGUCACGGUCGAGACCGCCUUACUCAUUGUGGCGGGAGCCGAGCAGCUAUAAGCGGAAACUAGGAUGAGAAAACCCUACAUUUAAAGACAGGUGUGGAUAGCCCCUCUCCAGUCGGACUCGACACUCUGUGAGCGACACACUUAUAUCGCCAAACUGUGGAAACUGAUGAUGUGGUCUGUGCUACAGGUCUGCGCUCUUGCCUUAACCCUCAAGGUCGGCUGUCACGCGGAGAAGAUAACAGAUCACCUCGAAUGUCACGAGAAGGUCGCCGACGUCGUAUUUGUCCUCGACUCCUCUGUCAGCCUGUGGGAGAAAGACUUCGCCGCCCAACUCGACUUCGUGCAGAUGUUAGUGGACACAUUUGCCGUUGGUCCCAAAAACAUCCGAGUUGGUAUUAUGACCUUUGGGACAGACGUGAGACUGGACUUCAACCUGAAGGAACACCAGACCAAGAAAGAGUUGAAGACCGCCAUCGGUGAAAUUGCCUACCUGGGUGAACGACAAGGAACAAACACGGGAGAAGCGCUUCAAUACGCCCGGUCGAAGAUGUUCGAGAAGGAGAACGGCGGCCGUGACUUUGCAGGCAAGGUCAUCAUCCUGAUCACGGACGGCUAUUCCCACAACCUCACCAAGACUCUCUGGGAGGCAUCCAUGGCCCAUAGCGACGGCAUCGAGGUGUUCGCCAUUGGGGUGGGGCUUGGGAAGGACGACAGAGAACUCCGGGGUAUCGGAUCCACCCCCAAGGACAAACACGUGUUCCGGGUGGACAACUACAACGCCCUCCCCAACAUACAGGAGGCGCUGGAGCAUAUGUCCUGUGACCGUCCCAGCAACAACCAGAGCAAGACAGAACCUUCUGUAAAGCCAGACACAGGAUGUGGCGGGAAGCCGGCGGACGUCUACUUCAUCGUGGACAGCUCUUCCAGUAUAUGGAGGCCUGACUUCGACAAGCAGCUGGACUUCAUCAAGGAGGUGAUCGGUCAGUUCGACUUAGGCCAGGGCAGCACCAGGGUCGGCGUCAUCACAUUCAGCGACGGCAUUCAUCCCAUCAUACCUCUCACCGGAAGUCAGAACCGCCGUGAUUUGGAAGAGCAGAUCGACAAGGUUCCUUACACUGGUGGCGGAACAAACACAGGUGGCGCCAUCAGGUUUCUAACCGACCACGCAUUUGCCGCUGAUAUUGCCCGACCGGAAGUUGCCCAUGUUGCCAUCCUUAUGACGGAUGGCCAGUCCAAGAACUUGACGAACACAUACAUGGAGUCCCAGCGUGCCCACAAAGCAGGCAUCUACCUCUUUGCUAUCGGCAUUGGCCAGUUUGUUGACACACUUGAGCUGAACGACAUCGCCAGCAACCCUGACGACGACUUUGUGUUCCAAGUGGACGACUACACGGCUUUAACAAGCAUCAAGGACCUGCUCGCUAUAAAAGCCUGUCAAGUGCACGACAACUUUAUGAAGGAUCAACCAGCCUCGUGCAGCUUUGACACAGCCACUGACGUCAUGUUUGUGUUCGACUCCGGUGCUAUUGGUCGACGUCAUAGUCACAUGAUCGAAGACCUCAUCGGUGACGUAGUCCGCGAGAUGGAAUUGAAACACCACGUGACUCGUGCCGGAAUCAUCCGAGAGUCCUGUUCCCAAACCACCGACAUAGGCUUGUCGCAGUACAAUAAUGCACAUGCAUUCAAACGUCAUUUGAAGAAUGUGGAGUAUAAAGGACUUCAGCCACUUAUUCAAAAGUUAAGGAGGUACAGCUUCAAGCCUCGUUAUGGUGGACGGAAGUCAUCUCAGAAAAUUGCAGUCAUAUUUGUUGACGAUCUACUUGACAAUCCAGGGCCGACGAUUCUUGAGGCAAGGAGAGCGAAAUUCACCAACAUCCGGGUCAUUGUGGUCGCUACCGGCAACCAUUAUGAUGAGAAGCAGCUGGAGCAGUUGGUGACGUCACCAGCCUCAAGAAACGUGGUCCACGUCGACCACUACAAAAACAUUGCCGAGGCCAAAGGGAGGUUACUCUAUUCAAUGUGUGCAGGUCGAUGACGACCCCCACAGACCACAGACUUCUGAAGUCUCCAGCAACGAUGAUUUCCCGAAUCAAGGAACAGGGUUUUCGGUACCAGCAUCUGACGACUGUCCCGGAGGAUGCAGAGCGCGGGGUUGUUAAUACUGUGUGGACUUUGUGUCGUGCAACACGUCUCUGGCCACAUUCCAGUGAUGGCAAGCUCCUUGAUAUAUAUAUAUAUCCUAUUUAUCAUGGCGUCGGAUCCACUUGUAGAUACCCUCGACACAACAACUUAUUAUGGGACCAAGGCUUUUUUCUAAAUACUAUUUGAGUAUUUAUGUCAACAAGUGUGCUUGUUGUAAUCAAAACAAAGUUGACAAAAACGCUCAAAACUGGAUUCCACACAAAUAUUGCCCAAUUAAGUGUAUGUCUUUAUCGUCCAUUUCGAGAUUUCAGUGUGAUGUGUGACUAGUAUCUGGGCCAAGACAGCACCUGUCCAGUACAGCCUGUUUAUUAGCAUUGCCUGUUAUCAGUACUAAUAGCGUUUGUGAUACAGAUGUGUUUUUAUGUGUGAUCUGCACUACGAAUGCGUGACUACGUGUGUGCGCAGCACUACGAGUGCGUGAGUACGUGUGUGAACUGCACUACGAGAGCGUGACUACGUGAGUUGCACUACAAGUGCGUGACUACGUGUGUGAGCUGCACUACGAGUGCGUGACAACGUGUGUGGGUUGCACUACGAUAGAGCUGCACUACGAGUGUGUGACCACGUGUGUGGGUUGCACUACGAUAGAGUUGCACUACGAGUGCGUGACUACGUGUGUGAGUUGCAAUACGAGUGCGUGACUACGUGUGUGAGUUGCACUACGAGUGCGUGACCACGUGUGUGAG